GAAUGAGGCAUUUUUUCAACCCUUUUUUUUUUUAUUUCUGGUUGCUUCCCUCUCUUCUCCCUCUUUCUAUUUCUCUUUCCCCGUUUAUUUUCAGCGUUUUGUAUUUGACAAAAACGGCAUGACGUCUCUUUUUUUCUCUUCCCAAUUUGUGAGCUGUUAAACAGAACCGAUCUCUCUGUUUCUAUACUCUGUCUUUUUUGGUCUCUCUCUGUUUUUCUUUUCUCCUACCCUCGUGUCCGAUGAAGGAGAAGGAGAAGUAAAAGAGACAAAGCUAAAAGACCUGUUUGGCUUGUGCAAUGCUAGAAAACUUGAGGAAUAAUCUCCAAGCUUCAUGACAAUCCAAACCAAACACGCCCCAAUCUGAUUUCUAGGCGAGGAGAAUAUUUUUUAGGGUUUAUAUAGUUAAAAGGAGAUGGCGACACUAGCAGAUAUUGGAGUAGCAGCAACGAUCAACAUUCUAAGUGCUUUGAUAUUCCUUUUGCUAUUUGCAAUAUUGAGGAUCCAACCAUUCAAUGAUAGGGUUUAUUUCCCUAAAUGGUACUUAAAAGGUCUUAGAAGCAACCCGUUGAAUUCGGGUGUUUUUGUGAGCAAGAUUGUGAAUUUCGAUUUUCGUUCAUACAUACGGUUCUUGAAUUGGAUUCCCGCCGCGCUAAAGAUGCCGGAGCCUGAACUUAUCGAUCAUGCUGGUUUGGAUUCUGCUGUCUACUUGAGGAUUUACUUGAUUGGACUAAAGAUCUUUGUCCCGAUCGCAUUACUUUCAUGGUCAAUUUUGGUACCUGUAAAUUGGACAAGUGAUGGAUUGCAGCUAGCAAAACUUCGUAAUGUAACAUCGAGCAACAUCGAUAAGCUUUCGAUAUCAAAUGUCGAACGUGGAUCAGACAGGUUUUGGGCGCAUCUAGUGAUGGAGUACGCAUUCACAUUCUGGACUCUCUAUGUUCUAAUGAAGGAAUAUGAGAAAAUAGCUUCAAUGCGGUUAGCAUUUCUCCAAUCGGAAAAGCGUCGUGCUGAUCAAUUCACCGUUUUGGUUAGGAACAUACCACCGGAUCCGGACGAGUCAAUUAGCGAAAACGUGGAGCAUUUCUUUAUGGUUAACCAUCCGGAUCAUUAUCUUACGAAUCAGGCGGUUUAUAAUGCAAAUGAAUUGGCUGAAUUAGUAGCUGAGAAGAAGAAAAUGCAGAAUUGGUUUGAUUACUACCAAUUGAAGUAUACAAGAAACAAGGAACAAAGGCCACGGAUGGGAUUUCUUGGACUAUGGGGAAAGAAAGUAGAUGCAAUGGAUCAUUACACGGAUGAGAUCGAGAAACUUAGCAAGCAAAUAAUGGAAGAAAGGAAGAGAGUAAAGAAAGAUGAGAAAGGUGUAAUGCCAGCAUCGUUUGUCUCUUUUAAAACGCGUUGGGGCGCUGCGGUUUGCGCACAGACUCAGCAGACGAAGAAUCCAACCGAGUGGCUAACCGAAUGGGCUCCAGAGGCAAGAGAAGUCUACUGGCCAAACCUAGCGAUCCCUUACGUAUCCCUCACUGUUAGGAGACUUGUAAUGCACGUCGCCUUCUUCUUCCUCACUUUCUUCUUCAUCAUCCCAAUCGCAUUUGUUCAAUCCCUAGCGAGUAUUGAAGGUAUCCGAAAAUCCGCUCCGUUCCUCAAUCCCAUCAUCGAAAGGAAGUUUAUUAAAUCGGUGAUCCAAGGGUUUCUUCCCGGUAUUGUCUUGAAGCUCUUCUUGAUAUUCUUGCCAACAAUCUUGAUGAUCAUGUCGAAAUUCGAAGGGUUUGUUUCUAUAUCAUCGUUAGAGAGAAGAGCAGCUUUCCGAUAUUAUCUAUUCAACCUCGUGAAUGUUUUCCUCGGUAGCAUAAUCACCGGAUCCGCAUUUGAACAGCUUGAUUCAUUCCUCAAACAAUCCGCUGAUCAGAUUCCACGUACCGUUGGAGUAGCGAUACCGAUAAAAGCAACGUUCUUCAUAACGUAUAUAAUGGUUGACGGUUGGGCUGGUGUGGCGGGAGAGAUUCUUAGGCUGAAACCGUUUGUCAUCUUCCAUUUGAAGAACUUCUUCUUUGUGAAAACAGAAAAGGAUAUAGAAGAAGCUAUGGAUCCGGGACAGAUCGAGUUCUAUGCAACCGAGCCUCGGAUUCAACUCUACUUCCUCCUCGGCCUUGUAUAUGCUCCGGUCACACCUGUUCUACUUCCUUUCAUCAUCUUCUUCUUUGGUUUCGCCUACCUUAUCUUCCGUCAUCAGAUCAUAAAUGUGUACAAUCAAGAAUAUGAGAGCGCGGCUGCGUUCUGGCCAGACGUUCAUGGACGUAUAAUAUCGGCAUUGAUCAUCUCGCAGAUCCUUUUGAUUGGAUUGAUGAGCACGAAAGGAAAAGCUCAGUCCACGCCUUUCCUCGUCGUUCUACCGAUUAUAACCAUCGGUUUUCACCGGUUCUGCAAAGGCCGGUACGAAUCGGCAUUCGUCAUUAACCCUUUGCAGGAAGCUAUGAUUAAGGAUACAUUGGAACGAGCAAAAGAACCGAACUUGAAUUUGAAAGGGUUUCUUCAAAAUGCAUAUAUUCAUCCGAUUUUUAAAGACGAAGAAUAUGAAGAUGAGCAGUCUGAGGAACUAAUGGAGGAUUCGGACGAUGAAAAUUGUGUAGUUGUACAGACCAAACGUCGGACCCGGAGAACCACCGUAACGAGCAGCAAUGCGAGUAGUAGCUCGUCACCAUCUCUGCCUUUCAGUCGACUUGAGACGGGUAAUGGGAAACCGGAACCUUGAUGGUCAAUGAGUAAAUCACUAAACCGGUUUGGUUUGUAUUCGGUAUAGAAGAAACGAUACUAUUGCAUAGAGACGUGUUGUGGACGUACGGUUUUGUAUAUUUGUAUAUUUGUAUUCUUGUCAUUGUUUUGUUUGAGUUUGUUGUCGUUAUUCAAAAUUUCCAAAACAUGAUUGUAUACUUUUGUCUUUUUCAGUCCAAAUAGUUUUGCAAAAAAUC